AUGUCUGGCCUUUUCGACAGCAGAUGGCUCAAGCGGACUUGGACUCUCCAAGAACUGCUAGCCCCUACGACUGUCAUCUUCCAGGACCGGAAGUGGCAACGAAAUCGGGACCGAGUGGAGUAUCAGCAAGAUUUUGGCCACUAUAAAACGCAUACCGAAAGAUUGUCUCGAGGGUGGACAUCUCAGAUGCACUGGUGUGGCGCAGAGAAUGCCAUGGGCUUCUUGAGGGCAGACUACAAAGUUUGA